AGAAUUAAGGUGUCCUGGGGGUGAGUUUGAAGGCCAUCAAGGGCAGUUCUGGACCUCUGCAAAGGGGAAUGCCUCACUGAUCCCAGGCUUGCUGGUACUUAUAUAUUUACUCCUCUCAGGCUUGUCCUUAAGCCCUGUCUCCGGCUGAAGUAUGAAUGGCCUUGAGUUGGUCUCCCCAGGUCUGACUGCCAACACCUCCCUGACCACAGCUGAGCAAUGUGGCCAGGAGACGCCACUGGAGAACAUCCUCUUUGCCUCCUUCUACCUUCUGGAUUUCAUUUUGGCUUUUGUUGGCAAUGCCCUGGCCCUGUGGCUUUUCAUCCGGGACCACAAGUCAGGCACGCCAGCCAACGUGUUUCUCAUGCAUCUGGCAGUGGCCGACUUGUCCUGUGUGCUAGUCCUGCCCACACGCCUUGUCUACCACUUCUCUGGAAACCACUGGCCGUUCGGGGAGAUCCCAUGUCGACUCACUGGCUUUCUCUUCUACCUCAACAUGUAUGCCAGCAUUUACUUUCUCACCUGCAUUAGUGCUGACCGCUUCCUGGCCAUAGUGCACCCUGUCAAGUCUCUGAAGCUUCGAAGGCCCCUCUACGCCCACAUGGCCUGUGCCUUCCUCUGGGUGGUGGUGGCUGUGGCCAUGGCCCCUCUGCUCGUGAGCCCACAGACCGUGCAAACCAAUCACACGGUUGUCUGUCUGCAGCUGUACCGGGAGAAGGCCUCCCACCAUGCCCUGGUGUCUCUAGCUGUGGCUUUCACCUUCCCAUUCAUCACUACGGUCACCUGUUACCUGCUGAUCAUCCGCAGUCUGCGGCAGGGUCCCCGUGUGGAAAAACGCCUCAAGAACAAAGCUGUGCGUAUGAUCGCCAUGGUGCUGGCCAUCUUCCUGGUGUGUUUUGUGCCCUACCAUGUCAACCGCUCUGUCUAUGUGCUGCACUACCGUGGCCAUGGUACCUCGUGUGCUGCCCAACGUGUGCUAGCCUUGGGCAACCGCAUCACCUCCUGCCUCACAAGUCUCAAUGGGGCACUUGACCCUAUCAUGUACUUCUUUGUGGCUGAAAAGUUCAGAGAUGCCCUCUGCAAGCUGCUUUGUGGGAAACGGCUCUCGGGCCCACCUCCCAGCUUUGAAGGCAAAACCAACGAGAGUUCAAUGAGUGCCAGAUCAGAGCUGUGAAUGCUGGGUGUACCCAUUCUAGGGUGGCUGCCAUCCAGAUCCUGCUCUCCAUCUCAUUAUCCGACACUUUCCCUCUAUGACAAUAGAAAUUGGAAGCUUGGAGAGUCACUGAUACAUCCCACACAGAGAGACUCAUCUCUCACCUCCAAUCAGCUCUGACUACACUGACAGCCUUCACUCUUUCAUAUGCAUGUGUGGUAAAGCAGAAGAACACUGUGAUUUCGCAGACGCAUAUCUCUAAGAGGCUGAUAGUGACCCAUCUGCAGACUGUGCUGUAAUCCCCCACAGCCCCGCCUCAGCAACCAGAUACUUGGUGACUUCAUCCCUGCAUUAAGGAAGGGUGAGGAAGUAUGAGAACCCUCCCCAACAAUGAGUGUCUUUCUUUUCCAAGUGCUGCCUGCUAGACUCCCAGCCUCUUUCCCACUGAAGAGAGGCAUGGAGAUGAGACGUUGCAGAAAGAGUCUCAGUAGGUAUCUGCAAAUGACUUCAGAAAAAGGAACUGAAGAACAGAAGAUGAGGGCUAGAUAUUUUCCAGGAAGUGUAAAAGAAAGUACUUUGAGGUCCCUUUAUGGUCAGGAGACUUGUGAAUUCAGGGGACAUGAACUAUAUGCAUGAUCGCCAAGCACUCAAUGUAUAUUCUGUGCAUGCAAGUCAGCAGGUGACCUCCAGCGAACAAGCAACAUCAGCCCAAUGUGGGGUUCUCCAUCCCUUUUGCUGCGAUCCUAUAAGAUCUGGCCUGAAAAUUUCUGGAGCUUCUUCUAUGAAAUUCCAUGCAUACCUGCUCUUUGGAGUCUGGGUUGGGCACACAGCAUAGGCCAUGAUCACAAUCAUGGAGUUUGUACCAUAAGGGGAUACUUGGGCUAGAGAGAAGAACCCAGUGUGUGAGCCUGUCUCACUAACUCAGUCCCAACAAUGGGUGUCCUGAUCCCACUUUUCUUCCAAGAAGCGCACACGAGCCUCUUUGGCCAAGCUGGAAGUUGAUUCACUUUAUUGGGUGACAAGAAUGAUCCUAAUGAUUGAGUGACUAAAGAAGCCCUGUAGUAAGAAAGAGGCCUGACAGUGAAAGAUGUUGAGAAUUUAAGAGGAAGUUUGCAGGAAUUUUUGGGUCUGUCCACAAAGUGGUUACAGGGACCCCUACUGUCCUGGGAAGUGGACAACAGGUGUGAAGUUGACAACAGGUGUGCCUGCUGCACUGCAGAUGCUAGAAGAGAUCUAUACUGAGAGAGAGCUAAGUGGCAUUGUAGACUACUGGUUGAGCUGGAUGCUCAUAAAAGGAGAGAGGGAGGCAGAAAUAGUGGGCACUUGCUCCAGUGGGUGGUCAGGUGUUUUCCCCAAGAAGGAAGAAAGGUGUGCUACCUAUGAAGGGGGUGCAGGCUGCCCCCAGAGUGUGAGUCCUGAGGAAGUAAGAAGUGAAGCCAUCAUUAUAGGGAGAGGGUUGUGUGUAUGUAGGGCAAUG